AUGGGCAACGCCGUCUUCCUCUGGUUCCUGCUCAUGCUCGCCUAUCACCUCAUGCCACGUCAGCAGAUCCAGGCCAUCCAGGACGCGCUCGUGGGGCUCCCCGAGGUGGAGCCGCCCGGCGCGCGGCUGGCGGGGGAAGGCGUGAAGGCGAAGCACCCCGUGGUGUUCGUUCCGGGGAUAGUCACAGGCGGGCUGGAGCUGUGGGAGGGGCGGCCGUGUGCGGCGGACCUUUUCAGGAAGAGGCUGUGGGGGGGAACCUUCGGGGAUGCUUACCGAAGGCCCGGCUGUUGGAUGGAGCACAUGUUGUUAGAUAACGAGACAGGCCUGGACCCUCCUGGUAUUCGCGUACGGCCGGUGUCAGGGCUGGUGGCAGCGGAUUACUUCUUACCCGGGUACUUUGUGUGGGCGGUGAUCAUCGAGCAGCUGGCCAAGAUCGGCUACGAGGAGCGGAACAUGUUCAUGGCUGCUUAUGACUGGCGCCUCUCGUUUUAUAACACGCAGAAGAGGGAUCAAACGCUCAGUCGCCUCAAGGCCACCAUUGAAAUGCUUGUGAAGACCAACGAGGGCAAGAAAGCCGUGGUAGUGCCGCACUCCAUGGGAGUGCUCUAUUUCCUCUUCUUCAUGAAGUGGGUCGAAGCACCCGCGCCCCUGGGAGGGGGAGGGGGCCCGCGGUGGGUGCACGAUCACAUCCGAGCCGUCUUCAACAUUGGAGGGCCGCUUCUGGGCGCACCCAAGGCGUUCACUGGACUCUUCUCUGCAGAAGCUAAAGAUGUAGCGGCUAUCAGGGCGCUAGAUCCAGGCGUGUUUGGGAGCCUGCAGGCGCUGCAGCAUGUGAUGCGGGUGUCGCGCACAUGGGAUGCGACCAUGAGCAUGCUGCCCAAGGGGGGCGAGGCCGUGUGGGGCAACGCCACGUGGGCGCCCGAGGACUCCUUCAACUGCUCCAAGGCACGGGCCAAGCAGCUGCACCUGCAGCAGCAGCAGGCGGGGGAGAGUGGGGGGAAUAGCUCCAAGGCAGGGGGGGAUGGCAGGGCGAAAGGGGCGAGCAAGGGGUUGGGAGUGGAAGGGUUUUUGCGCACGCUGAUGGCAGAAGGGGCGUCAUCCUCUGCCUCCUCGGCCUCCUUAGGGUCGUCUUCCUCCUCCUCCUCCUCUGCUUCUUCCCCCUCCACUGCUGGCGCUCACUCAGAGGGGAGUGGCAACGAGGGGGAGGAAGAUGAAGCAAAGGCAACUGCAAGGAGCUACGACCUUGAGACGAGCGAGCGGCGGGCGUGGUUUGGACGCAUGGUGUCAUUUGGAGAAGCAUCAGCCACGCUCUCGGAGUCCCUCGUGUGCCCCUCGGGCGCCAAGGCUGCAGCCAGGGCAGCAGCAGCCACGUGCCCUGCCGCCUCCACAUGCCCUGCCACGUGGGGCGGGCAGCAGUACGUUCUCUCCGACCCCUGUAGCUGUGCCAUGCGCGAUUUACUGCCCGAGGGCGAUGACGAGUACAGUGACGGGACUGCUUAUAAAGGGGAAGAGGGGGAGGGGGGGGUGGGUGCCGGAGGGGAGAAGGGGGAGAAAGGGGAGAAGGAGGAGGCAGAAGGGAAGGAAGGGAAGGCUCCUGAGAGGGAGAGUCGGCGCAAGCAGUGGCAGCGGCAGCUGGAGGAGACAGUGUUUCAGCACCUGCAGUCGCGCAACAAGUCGUGCGGCGAGGUGUGGACAGAGUACCACGACAUGAGCUGGCACGCCCUCACUGACAUCGCCAACUGCCCCUUCUACACCGCGGGCGACGAGAGCGACGGGCCGUCGGGGGGCAUUCUGGGGCUGCUGAGACAGGUGGCGCCCAAGACGAUGGCGCGGGCGGAUGAGAACUGGAGCUAUGGGAUUGCGGAGGAUCUGAGUGAGCGGAAGUAUGCUGAGGAGCCGAAAUACUGGGCGAACCCCCUGGAGACCAGCCUGCCAGACGCCCCGGAAAUGGAGGUGUACUGCGCGUACGGCACGGGGCUGCUGACAGAGAGGGCGUACGUGUACCGCCUGUCGCCCUCCAACGACACCUGCCUCAUCCCCUUCCGCAUCGAUGCCUCUGCCAAUGGGCCGCCUGGCCAGGCGGGGGACUGUCUGACAGAGGGGGCAUACUUCACGGACGGAGACGAGACAGCGCCCGUGCUCUCCAUGGGGCUGCCGUGCGCCAAGCUGUGGCGCGGCCGCACGCGCUUCAACCCCGCCGCCUCGCCCACCUUCCUGAGGGAGUACGAGCACCGCCCCACCUCGGGGCUGCUGGCAGGCAGGAGCACGCAGAGCGGCAGCCACGUGGACAUCAUGGGUAACUUUGCGCUGAUCGAGGAUAUUCUGCGGGUUGCCGCUGGUGCCACGGGGGCGGAGAUUGGCGGGGAUCAGAUUUAUUCGGAUAUAUUGCGCUGGGCCGAACGGGUUAGUAUAAAAUUGUAG